GGACUGCAUGCAUCAUUUCUACUGUUACGAAAUUAAUUCGGAUUUCUUCAAAUCGGUUAUCGUUAUCUUGUAUUUGAUAGUGGGAAUAACGAAUGUUUGUGAUGAUAGGUUACAGAUUCUGGUGCAGAGUCAUAAUGUUAACUAUGCCGACUUUGUUAUUGAUUCGAAGUUGUAGCAGCGUCGUGUCUACUCGUACUUUUCGCUUUUAUUUUAGAGUUUUAUUUCAUGGGUAAAGUGUAUUGUCCCAAAUCAUUAUCAUUGCCAGGUGUUUGCAUAACAGAUAAGUCGUGCGCUGCCUGGUAGAGUAGAGUAGAGUGUGCCUAUGCGGGAAUUGCGAGUCUUUCAUAUACAUAUAUAGGUUCUAACGAAGUAGCAGUUUGUUGCAAGGCGCUUUGGGGGUCGGAGCAGUUUUCAGUUUCAGUUGGACGGACGGACGGACGGAGUGUGCGAGUUUUCCAUCGCUGAAGGCGCGCAGCCGCGCGACUUUCCCGAAUAUGGAUUUUCCUGAGGGAUGCUGUCACAGAGUGUCCAGAGCAUGGUUGCCUCCCGCACUAUAGGGUAGCUACAAUGUCGACGGUCGCCACCCCUUAAAAAAAACGCCGAGAAUGGGCUUGUCGUGAUGCCACCACGUCUCUCCGUGCGCAGGUUCUUCCUGUGUUUAGUAUGCUGCGGUGGAGUUCUGCUCCUGCUCGGAGCUUACCAUCAUCACAGCUACUUCCUGGGCAUCGCGAAUCCAUCGCCGCAACAGCCGAGCUCCGCCGAAAAUGUCCCUCCGCCAACAUGGGAAGAGGUCACGGAGGUCGCCUAUUUGCCCACGGAAAAGGAACUGCCAAUUACAUUCGACGGCCCCAAGAACUGGUACUUUUCCGGAGGAUCCGAAUACCCGGAGAAGAGUUCUUCUCCACCCAAGAUCUUCCCCUACGAUGAUCCCAGCGACAGAGUUUCCGAGCAACUCAUGUACAUACCAGACGAUUACGAAGGAUACGAUAGUCCUGAGAAGGUAAUAUUAGCGUACAACGGCUUGGGUCAAUGGGAUAAGAAACCUGGAACCGGGGCAUUUCAUGGUUGCCCAGUGAAUAGAUGCUCGUUAACAGAUGAUAGGAAUCGCGCCGGAGAUGCAGAUGCAAUCAUUUACAAAGAUCACUUCACGCAUCCCAGUGUGGCUCGACCUGCAAAUCAGAUCUGGAUGCUCUACUUUCUCGAGUGUCCUUACCAUACCCAAAGUGUGAAAUAUGCUGACUUAUUUAACUGGACGGCUACAUAUAGAAGAGAUAGUACGCUUGUAGCACCUUACGAACGAUGGACAUAUUACGAUCAGAAGAUAAAACAAAGACCUCAAAUGAUGAAUUAUGCUGCGAAUAAGACGAAGAAGGUUGCGUGGUUCGUUUCGAAUUGCGGAUCAAGGAACGGUAGAUUGGCAUAUGCUAGGGAAUUGGCGAAGUAUAUAUCCGUGGACAUCUAUGGAACCUGCGGUCCUUUGCGUUGUCCUCGCCACGACAAGGCCUGCUUCGACAUCCUCGAUCGCGAUUACAAAUUCUACCUGGCUUUCGAGAACUCUAAUUGCAAAGAUUACAUUACCGAGAAACUGUACGUGAACGGAUUAGGGCACAACGUGCUGCCUAUAGUCAUGGGUGCAAGACCGGAGGACUACGAGCGAAGCGCUCCCGAAGGAUCCUACAUACACGUGGACGAAUUCGCCGGUCCCGCAGAGCUGGCCGCGUACCUCCAUCGUCUCGACAAGGACGAUCGAUUGUACAAUUCGUAUUUCAAAUGGAAAGGAACCGGCGAAUUUAUAAACACGUUCUUCUGGUGUAGGCUGUGCGCCCUUAUGCAUGCACCUCUGCAGCAUAAACAUUUCGAGGAUGUUAACGAGUGGUGGCGCGGACCUGGUGUCUGCACACCGAAAUCCUGGCGAAAUAUGGAUACAUAAUAGGAAUAUGUCGAACGCACACCACACGUUAUUUAUUUGUUAAUAAUUGUGAUUAUAAUAUUAGGACGACGGAAAGAAACAUGAAGGAUAAAACAAAGAUUUGCGUGUACUACAGCAACAACAUCAACAACAAGAAAAAAAAUAUCGGUUUCUAUUUAGUACUUUUACAUCGUGCUUUUGUCGGGGCACUCGUAUGAAAUGAUAUAUUGUCUUCUGUGACUGACUUGAAAUGUACAUAUUGCGAGGUAUUAAAAGACUGUAAGAUAGAAAUAA